AUGGAAGGCGACGUUUCCAGCUAUGUCGAGACCGCCAUGUUUCAAAGUGCUACAUGUCCGGUCCGCGUGGGUCCGCGCCCUCCUCUCCGGGACGGCGGUGCCCCGUGGCAAGUCGAGAAGGCGCGCCGUGACGGGCCGCGCAAUGCUGACGGCCUCGACUCCUCCGAUCGGCAGCGGUUCGUCAUGACCUCGUACUUCGGCAACCUGAGCCCGGGCGCGACAGGCUGGCCCACCGGCGCCCAGGACCCGCACCUCUACGCCCCGUCCAAGUACUCGGCCGCGCCGGCAGGUUACGUCGACACACCCGGAGCCCACCACCACCAGUACGCGGCGGCUGCGGCCGCAGCUGCCGCCGCCGCAGCGGCAUCGGCGACCUUCGGCUCCGGCGGCCGCUACCCGUACUCGGGCCGCUUCGAUGCAGCUCCCAAGGGACUCGGAUACGAUGCCCACCAGCACCCGAUGUCGCCGUCCCAUCCCCACCAUCACCACCAUGGCCAUCCGCAGCACGCUCACCACCAAUCCCUGGGUUUGCCGCCUUCUCACCACCAUCACAACAUGCUGCCGCAGCAGCAGCAACCCGGGGCGGCGUGCUACGAGCCCCCAAACGUGGCUCCGUACUACUCGGCCGCUGUUCCUGCCAGGCCUCCUCCCGAGACGCACGCCCACGUGGCCCCGACGUCGGCGGCGGUCGCCUCGAAGGAGUACGGCAAGCCGACCAGCACCGUCUCUCCCUUCGCUGCCAUCGUCAAGCCGCAGCAACAACAGCCUCAGCAGCAGGCGACGCAGUUCCCGGGCCAGAGUUCGGCGGCUUCGAGUCCAGUGGCGGCGACUCCCGGUAGCAACGGCGCGGGAUCGCAGCCCGACGGCAACGGUCCCGGCACUCCCGAGAGCUACGCCGGGAGCGCUGGCAGCGCGGAGCCGGUUUCCGGGAACGAGCGCCAGGGGUCUCCCACGAACGCGCAGUCUCCAAGCAAGACGGACAACUUCUACCCGUGGAUGAAGUCGUACUCAGAUUCCUCGCAAGGACCCAAGCGGACGCGGCAGACUUACACCCGAUACCAGACCCUGGAGCUGGAGAAGGAGUUCCACUUCAACCGCUACUUGACGCGGCGCCGGAGGAUAGAGAUCGCGCACGCCCUGGGCCUGACCGAGCGCCAGAUCAAGAUCUGGUUCCAGAACCGGCGCAUGAAGGCCAAGAAAGAAAACAAGCUUCAAGGCGGACUCCUCGUUCCAAAGCCUGGAAACGAACUAGUUAGUGUGCUUCAGGACUCCAAGGGGCUCGGUGCGACCAUGCUGGACAGUGUGGUUUACAGCUGAAGAGAGGAGCAUGUGCGCGCCCGACGUAACAUCGUGGUGUGCAACCCGCUUCGCAAAGUGUACGCGCGCGUGCGCACUGAAUGUGUGUCUGUGUGUCAGUGUCAAGUCAUGUGUACAUUUCCAUCGUCCUUAAAUACACCAAGCACCUUCCUCACGAAACGCGGGAACAAGCGAGAAUGACGGUUUGAGAGCAUCAGAGCACAGGUUUCUUUUGUGUGUGCGUCGAUGCACCGCGUACCGCUGGCGGGCAAAGUACAAAGCAUAUGCCAUUGAUCGCAGCAACGCUUAUCGUAUAGCUGUGACGAUAUGUUGUAUGAGCAAUCACCGGAACUCCGAAACUCGAGCACAUAAAAACUGAACGUAGAAAAUGAAUGCGGACGGUGGGAGAACUUGCCUACUUCCGCGACACGGCUCGUAGGAACGAACAAUAGUUGGCACGAUAACACUUCGGCAUGCUGUUUGAAGCCAACAGGCGAGAAGCUUGCAGCCAAAACCAGGAAAACAAGGAAACGGACGGCUGCACGGAAAGUCACGAGCGCUACCGAGAUAAGUUCGCCG